UGCAGCAGAAGUUGUGCUCCAGAGGUUCUGGCUCGUUCCUCUUGGAGAGGAACGGCCCGGCCUGCGGCGCCCCGACCACCCCCGCCCCCGCCACCCCACCCCCCCCACCUCCUGCGACCUGCCUUCCGCUGCCCCCGAUGCGGCGACCUGGAGCGCUUCCGCAGCCUGGCGUCGCUGCGCGCCCACCUGGAGCGCCGCCACUCGUACCGCUCGCCGGACGUGGCGCCCGGCGCCGCCUUCAGCAUCACGGGCAAACCCCCCGACCCGUUGUCGGCGGCGAUCCCCUGGCACGACGCCGGCCCGCCGACCACCCGCGGGGGGCCGCGGGGGGGCGGCGGCGCGUGGCGGCCCCCCCACGUCCGCUCGCUCAGCGACAGCCGGGGCGACGAGGGCCUCCGCUCGUACGCCUCCGCCCGGAGACGCACCCAGAGCGUCGGCGUGGGGACGCAGGCGGAGGAGGAGGAGGAGGAGGAGGAGGAAGAGGAGGAUGGAGAGGAAUUUGGGACAGAAGAUGAAGACGAGAGAGAAGAGGAGGACGAUGAUGAAGGGGAAGGGAGAGACGGAGGUAGAAAUGAGGAGGACGUCAAAAAGUCAGACACAUGCCACCAUCACCCCCCUACAGCGCCUGUCAGACACCCGCCAGACCUGGACCUGGACCUGGACCUGGACCUGGACCUGGUCGAGCAGAGCUCGUACUCGGGCGUGGAGACGGCGGCGGCGGCGGUGCGGCGCCGGCUGGCCCGGAUCCUGCGUGCGGCCGACGGCACCAUGCAGCGCCGGCUGGCCCAGGUGAGCACGGAGCUGGCCCAGGCCGACACCGAGCUGCUGAGCGAGCGCGCCCACUCGCGGCACCUGGCCCGGGAGCGGCAGGAGGUCGCCGACCGGGAGCGGGCGCUCAGCCGGCAGGUGGACGUGGCCGUCGUGGUGAUCGCCGCGCUGCGGGAGCAGCUCAACGCCUCGGAGAACGAGCUGGAGCGCAGGGAGAGGGAGGUUCUGACCAUCCAGAAGUUCCUGGAGGCGGCGGCUCGACAGGAGACGUGCGGUAAGGUUCGGAUCCAGCGCUUCAUCGAGAACCUGCUGCACCGCAUCGCUCUGGCCGAGAGACUGGUGGAGUAUUACCAGGGCAACGGCAGCCAGGGCAACGGCAGCCAGGGCAACGGCAGCCAGGGCAAUAACUACAAGCCACCUGAUAACGGACCUCGCAGAAUCACUAAAAGCAGGUCAGCGGGAGGUCAGCUGUCCUCGUCUGGUUUCCACGACAACAGAAGCCACUCCUCCUCGCAGUUCGGCGGCGGCGGCGGUCCUCUGUUCUCCAAACCCGACCGGGAGCACCGGGAGCGUCUGGCGCAGUCGUCCCGGCUGUUCUGCCGACCCGAACACAGAGACGACAUCUGGAACCACCAGCGGCGCCGCUCCGCCGGGUACGAGGCGUAGAACCGGGGGGGGGGUGACUUUAUCAACCAAUGGAAAACUACAGUACUGUCACUUUCACGUCAAGCUUCUUUUAGAGCACUUUACGCCAAAGUGAUUCCUCCUUCAGUAUCGCAGUAUUCAGUAUUUAUUAGUCCCGCAUUGCCAGACCCUCCUCCACAGCGCCGCGGAGGAGGGUCUGGGGACGUAACAGUGGGAAAACCUUUCAGUGUUCAGACUUAUAAACGAAUGACAGCUUCUAGUCUCUUGUCUCAUUAGCACAGUAUGUGUUACAGUUAUAGGGCUGUGCAGAUAUUCAAUGUAAGUUGUUGUCCUUUGAUGGAAUAAUAUAUCAAGAUAUCCUAAUGUACAGUUACGUUUUCCUAAAUUGAUAACAAGUAGCCUGGAAAUCCAGACCCAAAUCGGAAAGAUUAAGGGUCCGGCGUCAUGUAAUGGUGAAGAUAACACUACAACCAAUCACGACAACCCACGGGCUGACGUAUCCAGGGCCCCGUACGCUUAGCAACCAGCGAAGCUAACUGGUAGAUUAGAUUGUCGUCAUCUUUUCAGCUCUCCUCUGGCCCCGCCUACAUCAGAUACACCGAUGUGAUUGGUCCAGCUCUCCCCUGGUCCCGCCUACAUCAGAUACACCGAUGUGAUUGGUGCAGCUCUCCUCUGGCCCCGCCUACAUCAGAUACACCGAUCUGAUUGGUUCAGCACGCCUCUGGCCCCGCCUACAUCAGACACACCGAUGUGAUUGGUCCAGCUCUCCUCUGGCCCCGCCUA